AAAUAUGAAAGAUAAUCAUGCCUCCCUUUAAAAAAAAUCCAAAUUAAAUUUCUACUGUGAAGACAAACAAAUACUAAUAAAAGUAAAUUUUUAUAAAAUAAGCUACAAACAUUGACCAUCGACUUCCUAUCCAAAUACUAAAUGCUACUUAUGGCGCCACGUCGUGACAGCAAUAGCGCCAACAGCAGCACCAAUCUUUUAGUUCAACAUCAAUUGUCACAAUCUCAACAACAGCAACAACCGCAACAAAGUCAGCAACAUAUUCAAGCAUUUCUGUACUCCACAUCCUUAUACAACGGGACCAAUUUACUUGAGUCCAAUAACGGUUCUACCUUGAUCACUAACAACAGCAACAGCGAUAAUCAUAACUCCAACAACAGUUUGAAUAGUAGCAACGGCAACAACAUCAACAUGUCACCCAUGCAAACGGGUAAUUUGACACAUGCAACGCUGAAUGGUACUAAUGGUGCUGUUGGUCCGACCUCCGGCGCUCAGAAUGGCCACCACCCACACCAUGUCGUCAGCAAUAUAAGCAAUAAUAAUAAUAUCAGUAAUAAUGUGAAUGGCAAUGUAAACGGUAAUAUUCAUGAUCAAUACACUCGCUGUUGCUAUCCAAAUGGUGAUUGUUUAAAAGUGGACGGUUCCUUUCUUAUUGCUUUGGACGAUCUAAGUGACACUGUACGUGUGCUCUGCAAUAAUGAGAAUUGUAACAUGGGACAGUAUAUGCACCGCGAAUGCUUUGAUUCGUGGGAGCAAUCUGUGUUGGUGACCCUCAAGACUAUGGGACGAGCACGUUCGUGGUCAGAUCGUCAACGCUCACAAAACUUGUGGACAAAGAAGGGUUAUGAUUUGGUGUAUAAGGCAUGUGUGUGCAAAUGUGGACAUGGUCAUAUACGCAAAGACCUCGAGUGGACAUCGCCGGUACAAAAAUCAAGUGCAACACUAAAUGGCAAUCAGUUUGGUAAUGUGAAUGGUAACACUACGGCUAUGAAUGGUGGAGUUGGCCAACAGCGUGUGCUCUUGGUCAAUGGUGGUAAUGUCAACAAUAUUGGUAGUAAUACAACAGAGGAUGAUGAUAAAAAGAAGAAGAAGAAACGCAAUCGUAACAACGGAUCAAAAUCAGCAUUGGCAACGGCAAAUUCGAAUGGGAUCGUUUCAAAUGGGCAACAACAGCAAGUGCAAUUGUCACCAGCAACGGCACAAGCCCAACACUCAUUGCAACAACAACAACAAGCAACGCAAGUUUCUAAUCAGCAGUCGCAGCAACCACAAUCGACCAUUUCUAUGCUUAACGGACAACAGAAUGGAAACGGAAAUAUUAGUAAUGGAAUAAGCGCCAUAUGCACCACCAAUAAUGUCACCAAAACCAAUAAUAACCCAACUACCGCUAAUAAUGCCAUGAAUACAAUAAUUUGCAAUAACAACAAUAAUAAUCAAAUCAAUGCUUUGAAUAACUCGAGUGUUGGCGUUAUUGGCUCAGGUUUGCAUAACAAUAACAGUGGCAACCUACAGCAACAACAACAAUCGCAGCAGCAACAACAAGUUGUCACCUCUUUGAAUAAUAUUCUGGGUCUAGAUUUGCGUGCUCGCGCUGACAGUUUGUCAUCGAGUGGUGGUGGCAGUGGCUCGACAUCGCCCUCAGCCUCCCACUCAAGCGCCGAUAUUUCCAUUUCGCCCAUACACCUUCAUCAACAACAUCAACAGCAGGCGCAGCAGCAGCAAUUGCAACAACAUCAACAAAAUAAUUUGCAAUUGCAACAAUAUCAGCAAAGUUUGUUGCAACAAAAUAACCUCACAAAAAGUAUUUUGAAUGGUGCAUUAAACGGUUGCGCGGACACAAUGCAACGCAGCACUACUGCACUAUUGGCUGCCACACAGCCGCAACAGCCUGCAGCCACACCAAUUGUAGGUGGCAUUGGCGCCGUAAAUGGAUUAAAUGGCUUAAAACAAUUGAGUGUUUUCGAUCCGCAUUUGGUGCAACAGCAAAAGAACAAGGAGGUCGAACUUUAUUCGGAACGUGUGCGUUUAACAUCUGGCUGCAAUGGCAUUUUCUCGCGACGCUUGGACUUUUCAUCAUUCAAUUUGUUGCCGAAGACACGCUUGAACUCCUAUCAAGUUAAGAUCGAAGACGAAGGCAACCAUGGCAACGACGAAACUCGUCUGUUUAUUUUGUCCUCUUUGGCUCAGUCCCAAAUGAGUCGAGUUGCUUGCAUUCUAUGCGAGGAACCAAUGCUGGUUUUCGAUCGCUAUCCACUCGUUGAUGGUUCGUUCUUUUUGAGUCCGAAACAACAUUCAAACGGUUGCAUUGAGGUCAAGUAUGAAGGCAGACCAUUGUUUUUGACUUGCGUUUGUAUGGCUUGCUUGGACGGAACCUCGACCAAUCGUGUCAUUAAUUGCAGAUUCUGCGGUGAAAUUUGGGAUGGCUCGAAUCUAGUCCUGGGCACCAUGUAUUCGUAUGACAUUUUUGCCGCUAUGCCAUGCUGUGCUGAGCGUCUAAAGUGCAAUAAUUGCUUCAAAUUGCUCUUACACCCGCAACAGCGGCUGAACUUCUACAGCGACUAUUCGCAUUGCGUCACUUGUCCUUAUUGCGCCACGCAGGACACACACUUCGUCAAGCCGUUAAGCUUCUGCUACACCAAGAGCAAUGUGUUGCGCCACCAGUCCAUCGCAUAACAUGAG